AUGGGAUAUGGCACAGCCUGGGUCAUGGGACAUGGGACAGCCUGGGACAUGGGAUAUGGGACAGCCCGGGACAUGAGAUAUGGGACAGUCUGGGACAUGGGAUAUGGGACAGUCCGGGACAUGGGAUAUGGCACAGCCUGGGUCAUGGGACAUGGGACAGCCCGGGACAUGAGAUAUGGGACAGCCUGGGUCAUGGGACAUGGGACAGCCCGGGACAUGAGAUAUGGGACAGUCUGGGACAUGGGAUAUGGGACAGCCUGGGACAUGAGAUAUGGGACAGCCUGGGACAUGGGACAGUCCGGGACAUGGGAUAUGGGACAGCCUGGGACAUGGGAUAUGGGACAGCCCGGGACAUGA